AUGGCAUUCCCGUGCGCUCUUUCCUGCCUGAAUGGACAAGAUAAGGCAGUGAAGAUCCAGCAGCUGACUUGCUUCAAGAAAGGAUUGCUGGGUGGAGUAUUAGAUGUUGAAAUCAAUGGCUUUGACAAAGAGCAAAAUCUCUAUUCGGUCACAGUGCUCAGUGCUGAAGACUAUGCAGCUGUUGAGGCAGGGCCAAUUCAAGAUGUCCCUGGACAAAGGGAGUGUGACUUUGUUCUUGAAAGUGAGCCUGCUUUCCCUCUAAAUGGAUACCUGUAUUAUGAGACCGCAAUAAUCCAAGCAAUGGAUAAUUCAGUCAUUGUUGAGGAAAUGCAAGAGGACUCUGUGUUUGAAGGAUACGUGGAGCAUGUCCUGAAUCCAGGUGCGUUCUGGUUGAGAACACAGAAACGCAACAAAGAGUUUGAAGAGAUGAUGGAGAACAUGGCCAAGCACUUCAGCCAAGUCCAAUUGGAUGAAGAAAUUCUGGAGAAUCCAGAGCCUGGUGCACUUUGCUGUGCAAUGUAUGAGCUGGAUAUGCAUUACUACAGAGCAAUGGUGACAGACACUCUUGACAAUGGAGCUGAAGUAUUUUUCAUUGAUUUUGGAAAUACAGAAAAGGUACCACGCAUGUGCAUCAAGCAGAUCCCGGACAAGUUUGCUAUUGAACCAGCAUUUGCCCUGAGUUGUUCUCUGGUGAAUGUCAUACCUUUCGACGAUGUAUGGACGAUCUCUGCAACCGACUACUUCCGACGAGCAGUCUCCAGCAAAACUCUCCUUGUGCAUGUUGUCCACAUAAGGAAAGAUCUAUAUGUGGUUGAUUUGUAUGAGCGUGAAAACAACUCAUCACAAAGAGCAUCAAAGAGCAUCACAGAGCUCUUGACCACAACAAAUCAUGCAGAAUUUUGGAAAUACACUCCUUCGGCGCCUGUGAUACCUAAGAGCGAGAUGGAGAAGAAAAUGAUGAAACCGAAGACCGAUUUUUGGUGCCAGCUGGAAAGCAAGAUCCCCAACUUGGAGGACAUGAUGGAAGCGAUUCAGCGAAAGACCAAUCCCCACAAAGACUCAAACUGUAACCCCAAAAGAGAAAAACUCCAACUUGGACAACAGUCCCCAGAGGUUCUUCCUUUCCCCAGUGAACAUGGAUCUGGGAUACUCCGGUUUGCAGCUGCAGUCACCACACCAAGUGAAUUCUACAUUGUUCUGGAAGAUUUGCUUCUCAUCAUGAACAAUGUGUCUACGAUUCUUGAGGAUCUUCCAAAGGAGCUGUUGCCAUUUCAUGAAGAACACCUAAUUCCAGGGUCAUGCUGCCUUGUGAGGUCUGAUAGUAAGAACAAAUGGUGCCGAGCUGAAAUCGUCCAUUCCGAUAGCACAGUGGUUGUGAUCAAUUUGGUUGACUAUGGCCAUUGUGUGGACAUGCCGUACAAAGAUUGGUCUGAGCUGAGAAGACUUCCUGACCAGUUGACCAGGCUACCAAAGGUCACGUAUCCAUGCACUUUGAGAGGAGUAAAAUCAGUCGAGGGGCAAUGGACAGAUGAAGCAGUUGUUUUCUUUCAAGAGUGCAUCUGUAAGAAAAACCUUCAAAUAUACUUCAGGCAGUACAUUUCUGAAGCACACUGGGAGGUGGACAUUGUAGCAGAUGGCGUUCACGUGGCUAAAGACCUGGUUGAUGCUGGCCAUGCAGAAUACAUCGACAUCAUGCUUGGACUGAGAUUUCAAGAACAACGCCCCAUCAGAGCCCCUGAAAAGAAACAAGGCAUGAGUCGUGCAGAUAGAACAUCCAAAGUGGAACCGGAAAUGACACCACCUAGGACGAACAAAUUCCUGAGAAGACUGAAUGAAGAACUAGAACUCGAUGGACACACUUCAAGUGAGGCUCCCUUCCAUGGGCAAGGAUUUGAAAAAGCACGUGAGAAGACAGCCCGUGCUACUGAGUACCCUGAUGGCCAAGGAGCAGAGAUGAUGACACACUGUAGCACAAUGACUGGAACAAGACAUUGUGCCCUGAUGUGACUACUGGUUAGUUGUGACUACCAGUGAGACGCUACUCCAUAUCAGGUUGUGUGACAAGCGCGUGAAGAGGAGCAAAGGACUACAACACUAUUCCAGACAUUUUCAUUCAGAAAGACUAAAUGCACGACAAGCCAUCAUGCUUCUGAUGAUUGGAAUUUUCUCUUGGGUCAAGAUUAAUGCAGCAGUUAUAAUCCUCUAUAUUCUAUUUUUCUACACAUGGUUGUAUUUAUAUCAGUGACUCACAUUUUUAAGGAUGGCUUAAGUUAUCUAAAUUAAGAUUUCAGUAUGACAUCUCCUUUUUGCAGUAUAUCUGAAAGAAAAUUGAAUGUGUUGCAACAGAUUUGCUUUUGGACUGGUACAGUUUAGGCCUAGAUUCAACCAGAUUAAAUGUUAAACAGUGAUAGAUGAUACCUUGCACAGCUGAUGUUUUGGUGGUGUCAGAGGUGUCAUUGAAAUGGAGCUGUCAAAUCGGUGAGCUGCUGCUCUUGUAAUCUUUGUCAUGAAGCUACACCCGUUCCACUCGCUUUAGAGUUCAACAUGAAAAAGUGUAGACUAUAGAAAUAAUCACUCAAAUUUCAAAAUCAUUCAACAAAAUGAGGAUUUCUAUCAGCCUCAUCGAGGUGUAGAUUACACCUCACAUCCCAGUGUUUGAAGUUGUGAACAAGGCUGCAUGGGAUUUCUCAUAAUGACUGUAGCCAAUGGCAAUGUCCGCUUUAGGUAUAAUGGCGGGAGCUGCUUGUGGAUUUGACAGCUCUAGCGCAGUUCCACCUCCGACACUUCUGAUAGAAUCUAGCCCUUAGUCUUGAUAUUUGUGGAUAAUAAAUAACUGAAGUGGAAUGCCUUUUGAAUGAUAUUUUGCCUUUUGCUUAUGAAACAAUAUGGUUUGGAUAUUUGCAUAGUUGUUGACAAUGUUUUUAAAGGUUGAGUUGCAUACCCUUUUCAAAGCAUUUUCCAGCAGUUAUACAUUAUAAAAUGUAGGCAACAAUCUUCUAAAAUGUUAUGACUACUGACUAGUCAAGUUUGAUUUGAUAGGCCUACUUUUUUUUCUUUGGUUUUGAUGCCACAUCUGUCUUUACAGUAUGGUUUGUACUGUAAUCGAUGUUAUUUCUGUGGCAAAUAACAUGUAUGCCUUUGACAGAAGAACCUUACAAAUUUAAAUAAUUGUUGCAAGUAAAAUGUUUGUCUUUGAGAAAGAACCUUACUCAUUUAAAUAAUUGAUAACAUUUAAUCUUAUUUUAGUUAUUUGUUAGAGAUGACACAGUUGGUUGUGAAUAAUUCUAAAGAAUCCACACGUAUAACAAUCGUUCAUUAAACAAAUGCUUUGCACAUUUAAAAGCAGUCAUGUGAAUGUUUUCAGGACACCACACUUGAACACAUAAAAAAUGCUGUCAGAAGUGGGAUUCGAACCCACGCCUCCAGGGGAGACUGCGACCUGAACGCAGCGCCUUAGACCGCUCGGCCAUCCUGACAUGUAAGGAAAUAAUGACUUGAGACCACUAAUAUUGUGACAAAAAUAUACACACGCUAUAGCUUGUUGACAUUUGUAUGCUGUUUUUCAUUUUUAUGAGAGGCUAAAUUGCUGUCUAAAAAUUACGUGCUAUCGUAAGAUGUUCUCGUGCAGACUUCCUUGUUAGCAUUACAUUAGCAGACAUUGACAUCAGCAAUUCGUGUUAUCUGGAUGUGGCUAAUUUCAGCGCAGUUUGCCCAUUUUAACUGCGCAUUUGGUGGCCAGUUAAUUUCAACCAUAGAUUGAUCAUUAUGUGGGUGCAACGUAGCAUCUCAUGCAAGGCAUCUAUUCUGUUUGCUAGUGCUAGCGCCGUCUACGUAUUCGACUGCUACAUUGUUUCUCUACUGCUGCUAGCCCGGGAAGGGUGUAAUUGCAGCCCGCAAUUCGGGGCGUUUUGUAAAUGGGCGUUUCUUGAUAUCAAGUUAUACCCAUUGAUGCUCGCUAUUGUAGAGGGAGCUUCUCGGAGUUUGAGUGUUUGUGGAGAACCGAAACAAAAUCAAUAGUUUUGUAUUAUCGUUGGCGGACUGCGGUCCAAAUGGAUGAUAGUUCUGAUGGUAUUGGUGGGUUUGUUGGGCUUCCGAAUGGCACAGCUGUCUAAGGCACUGCAGCUCUGUGCUAGAGGCGUCACUAUAAACCCUGGUUUGAUCAUGUGCUGUAUCACAACUGGCUGUGAUCGGGAGUCCGAUAGGGCAGCGCACAAUAAGGCCCAGCGUCAUUGGGGUUUGGCUGGGGUAAGCUGUCAUUGGGCAAGGGUAAAUAAAUGUAAAACGUUUUAAUUUAAACAAAAUGUUGAUAGUCAAGGACCUGGAUGGUCUGUUGUAAAAGGACAAAUAAUGACCCUGCUAUAAGCGCUACUGACUGCAGUGGGACCUAGUGAAGAGGGCGAAGGUAUUGAAUAAAAGUAAUGUGUCAGAGCGGAAUGGUGUUGGAUGCGACCACAUGGUCUCAUCUACACCAUAUUCUAUUAACCAAUGCUGUAAAGAAAGAGAGGUGAAGUAACAUUAGCCAGUUCAACUGGACAGGAUGGUGGUUGUGCUACAUUCAUAAGGGAAAGUAUUGUAUAUCGUAAUAUACCUGUCCCAUCUGAAUACGAAUGUGUGAUGAUGGAAAUCUGCAGUGCAGGUAGUAAUAAUAGGUUGAAACAUUUUUACAACCCGUGUCAACUAUCUGUAUCGAUGUUUGAUGAAAUAUCAGGAGGGUUGGACUUUCUUCAGCAAAGAUGGCUGACAAAAAUACUAUGACGGAAGCAAAUGUAAGGGAUUAUAACGUCAUAACGAAUCAUGCAAAAAAAUGUACAGUUGACAGGAAUAUAUUAGUUACUGUAGAGACAAACAAAUUAUGAUUUUUUUUUAAAUCAAAGUUAAUUUAUGAAAAUCGCGAUUUAGCAAGCUAGCUGACUAGCUAACAUUAGCCUGAUAAUGUUAGCUCACUAGCUUUAUGCGCGUUGUGACAUGUAUUACAUUGUAAUUCUGGUUAUUUAAUGUUUUAGGGACUCCUGAAAUAACUAGCAAACUAGACUGCCGUCUUGUAAAACAGUGGAUGUAAAGAAUCUAGCUAGUUAAAGCAUUUACUGCUAAUUCACUGUACAAAUGUGUAAGCUUGUCUUGCUGAUAUUUGCCAUGCAGAUAGAUGAAAUAACGUUGCUUAUUGUGCAGUGGAAGAUAUAAUUACCUGUAUGCCUAUGGAUGUGUAGCUAGCUAUCUAGCCGAUCUGUGUAUGGACCCAAACGUUUGGUAUACAAAUGAGUUCAGAACCUAGCUAUGAACCUCAGCUAUCAUAGCCAGUUGUAUCAAUUUAAAAACAGGCUGAAUGAGUAGAAUAUAAUAGCUUUGUGCCAAGGAUGCAAGUCGUAUAUACAUGUUGUUAUUACCAUGCAUGAGAUCCUCACAUUGUAGCCUGUACAUUUAACAUAUUCACUGAUCAUGUACUCUACCUUGGCAAAUAAAGGUGCAGUUCAGGUA